AUGUCAAGGGCACAAACAUGUCUCCUCGAUAUUUGUUCCCCCCAUUUCUUCUGGCGGCACACCGUGCCUCGCGCGUUCAACCCUCCGAUGGACGUUGCGAACCAUUUGAUGAAAGGCGGGACUGCGCAGAAGCUAUUCGGAAAGAUGUCAAAAGAUUCACUUGCAGCCAAAAGCCCAAGGUUGCUAGGGUUGACUGUCCAACGAAUUACCAUCGAACCCCUCCAUCUGGUGCGGCUUGGGCGUCUUCAGCGGCCGACUGCGGCCCCUCCAACAUCAACAACCGGAAUCCUGGACACCCCAAAAUCUCCCAGCAGCUCCUUUAGCUGCCCGGAUCUGACUUCGUUACAGAUCACUUCACAGCAUCGGGGCCCUCCCAGUCCAGUUUCAUUGAAUCCGCCAGGCGACGACUCCUUUUCUGAGAGGGGUGCUUCCCGAGCCUCGUCUCCCACGACUACGUCAGGUCCUCGAGGCCGAUCGCGAAAGAUCGCCGCGACCGGCAAGAAAGCCUCGAGAAAAGCACUCAGUGUGUUGAAUCGCUUUCGUGCGCUGCAUCACAAGUCCUCCGGGAAAAUGGCACAGUCGCCCAUCCGAAUCGACACCGACAUUCAUGGAACCAAACGAGGACUCCCGUACGAUGGGUCUGAAGGAUCGGAUUUUUUGGCUGUACCAGAUGAGGAUCAGUUUGAUACACAGACGUCGGCUUCGAUUCCAGGGCUGCCGUCAUUCUUGAAUCUUCCAUAUACAGAAAUACGAAAGAAAUUUGAAGAUCUCGAAUGGUUGCAACGCUCCCGGAUAGCGGAAGGAGUUAUGUCCAAGGAUCCUUCGCAUAGAUGGGCCAUUGACACCAGUCCGGAAGUCAAGUCACGAAAUCGUUAUCAGAACGUUCAGGCUUGGGCAAAUUCGCGCAUCCGAUUAAAGGUCCCUGAGGGAGAGUGCGACUUUAUCAAUGCAUCUCCUAUUAUACUGAAGGACUCCCGUACGGGCGACGAGACGAGGUAUAUUGCUACACAGGGCCCAAAAGUCGGUAUCCACUUGGCGCAUUUUUGGCAUAUGGUUUUUCACGAAAGUGCGGACGUGGCGGUCAUCGUUAUGUUAACGCAAACAGUCGAGGCUGGAAGGGAGAAGUGCGCGCAAUACUUUCCGAUAGACGAAGACGAUGCCGUAAUGAACUUUCCGGCCGAAGCGGACGAUUCCUUAGCGAGCGAUCAAGAUACCCAAGAAGAGGAGGCGGAAGAGGAAAAAGAAGAAAGAGAGGAUGGCAGCAGCUCAGAGUUAUCCGGAAGUAUCACGCUACGCGAACAUUACUUUGAUGACGCAUGUCGAUCUGAGAUCCGAAAGUUGGAACUUCAAAUUGGCAAUGAAAGCAAGAUAGUAUGGCAUUUUCUGUUUGCUGGAUGGGCCGACUACUCGAAACCCGAAGGAGAGGAACGCAACGCUCUUCUCCAACUCCUACAACGCACAGCUGAAAAGUCAUCACCGGAUAACCCUCGCAUAGUCCAUUGUAGCGCCGGGGUUGGCCGGACUGGUACCUUUAUUGCCCUUGAUCACUUAUUACGAGAAUUGGACUCUGGUGAAUUGUUGGAUUCAAAAUAUUUCGAUGAAGAUCCGAUCUAUGACACCGUCAACCAACUACGAGAGCAGCGGAUGAUGAUGGUUUACAACGAAAUGCAACUGCAAUUCAUCUACGAAGUCAUUCGGGAGCAAAGCAUCCGUAAGUUGGGAGGCACCUUAGACGACGAGAUGACCUUGGAUCUGCGGUCGCCGAAAGUUGCACGAUUGACUUCAGACGAGAACUAUACUGUUUCGAACAAACCAGAAUUGGAACCUGAAACUAAAGAAGAUACUCUGGGCGCAGAAAGCCCCGAACAGUCACCCGCAGUCUCAGACGACGAAUGA